AUGCGAGGGCCUUUCUGCACAUCUUGUCGACAAUUAGCAUCUGCGGUACCAAAGGACACUUACGAUGCCAUCGUUAUAGGCGGAGGCCACAAUGGACUUACUGCUGCAGCCUAUCUGGUCCGCGCUGGAAGAAGGGUUUGUGUGUUGGAAAGAAGAAAUGUGAUUGGUGGAGCUGCUGUCACUGAAGAGAUUUUACCAGGUUACAAAUUUUCUCGCGCAUCCUAUCUCCUCAGCUUGCUUCGACCGAUUGUUAUCAAAGAUUUGAAACUAAAGGAGCAUGGGUUGCGGUAUCAUAUUAGGAACCCCUCCUCAUUUACACCGAUUCGAGAUUCCAAAAGGAGCUUAUUGCUUGGACUUGAUAUACAGGAAAAUCGCAGGGAAAUUAGAAAAUUCUCAAAAAGAGAUGCUGAGAUGUUUCCCAAGUAUGAAGAAUUUAUUGGAAAACUGGUAAAACCCUUGGGACCGCUGAUGGACGAAGUGCCUUUGAAUGCUCAACAAUUCUCCAAACUCGAGUUGAUCAAAAAAACAUGGAAAAUGCUCCAGCGAGCGAGACAAAUAGGAGCUUCAAAUAUGGUCGAUUUUUAUGAGUUGAUGACAGCGCCGAUUGCUAAGAUUAUGGACAGAUGGUUCGAGAGCGAUAUUCUGAAGGCAACUUUGGGCACGGAUGGAGUUAUCGGAUUUGCAGCCAGCCCAUACGACGUGGGAACAGGCUAUGUUCUGCUUCACCAUGUUAUCGGUGGAGUAGAUGGCCACAGCGGAGCUUGGGCUUACGUUAUGGGCGGCAUGGGAGCGGUAUCAUCAGCCAUAGCAAAAUCUGCACAAAGUCAUGGAGCUGAGAUAUUUGUGGAACAGGAAGUGUCCGAGAUACUCAUCGACGAUGGCGCAGCACGAGGAGUUCGCCUAGUAAAUGGAAAAGAAAUUUACGCAAAAGUUGUUCUUUCAAACGCAACUCCAAAAGUCACAUUCGAACAUUUGGUGGCAGAGAAAGAGUUGCCUGUGGAAUUUCGCCGCGCGGUGAGCUCCAUUGACUACACCUCACCAGUUACAAAAAUCAAUGUUGCCGUGCGCGAAUUGCCAUCGUUCACCUGCUUACCAAAUGUGGGUACUGCUCCUAUGCCCCACCAUCAAACAACGGUACAUCUCAACUGUGAAAGUAUGCAAAUUGUUGAUGAAGCAGUACAAGACUACCGAAAUGGGCGAUGGAGCAGGAGGCCAGUCAUAGAAAUGACCAUUCCAUCUGUAGUCGAUAGGUCAUUAGUGCCUGACGAUCGCUCUCAUGUGAUGUCUCUAUUCACGCAAUAUACACCUUACACAUUGAAGGAUGGUCCAUGGAGCAAUGAGCGGAAAGAACAGUAUGCAAAACACGUCUUCAGUGAGAUAGACGCGUACGCUCCCAAUUUCUCGUCUUCAAUUAUCGGAUACGAAGUACUUCCACCUCCUGAUAUCGAAAAAAUAUUUGGAAUUACUGGAGGAAACAUAUUUCACGGAUCAAUGUCCCUGGAUCAAUUGUAUUUCACUAGACCAGUAUCCCGGUAUAGCAAUUACACUACACCCAUAAAAGGCUUAUACUUGUGCGGAAGCGGUGCACAUCCAGGAGGAGGAGUCACUGGAGCACCAGGAAGGCUUGCAGCGUUGGUUGCCUUACAGCAAUGA